AUGAGAUAUUUUAAAUUGAAUAGUUAUCCGGGCACAAAGAUCACUACUUAUAACAGUGGUAGCAAUACACCAAGUUUUAAUGAAAUUUACUUGUUGAACAAGUCAAGCCCUGGCAUUUAUGAGAUUCGGCCAUUUUGGGAUUUUGAUCUAGCUACUGCCGUUGAAAUGCCAGUUGGAAGUGUAAGCGUCGGUGACGCUUUCAAAGUUAAUACUAUCAAUGGCAAGGAUAACCAAAAAUUUUCCAUCGAAUGUGCUAUCUGUGAUAUUUCAACAAGUUCCACGGACUGGAUACCAUACCACACUACAUGCUCGAUAAAGGUGAAAAUUUCAAAAAUUCAAUGCUAA